CAACAUAAUCGUAUUGAAAUUUAAAGUUUUAACAUAAACUAUAAAAAGAUUGCGAAAACUACAUACACCAAGGAUCCUUAAACGACUAUGAAAUACACUUGUUCUAUUCAAUUUAAGUUACAUAAUUAAAUCUUAUGUUUUGCUCGUGGAGUUGGUAUCUGUAAGGUAGUUGAGUAGUACUUAAUAUCUAAUAAUUUAUUUAAAAAAUUUAAUUGGUUUGAAUUGAAAGUAUCAUUAUGGACAAUUGUUUUAUUGACAUCACUGUAGAAUUUUUAGCUAUCGCAUUUCACAACAUUUUGUACUAUGGCUCUGUUUAUCCACGAAAUGUUUUUGAUACGAGAAGAAAAUAUAGCGUUAUCGUAUAUCGCUGCAAACAUCCAGAAGUAAAUCAGUAUAUUGAUUUAUGUUUAAAAAGCGUAGAAGAAUGUUUGAAAAGUGGUACAUUGAGACGCCUAGAAUUUGCAGUGACUGAUGAUGAAUAUAUUCCAAUAGCAAAGUUUGUAUUUGAUUUUGAUAAGAAUUCAACGUAUGACGAAAAUUCUGACGCUUAUUUAGUGCAAGCUGAACAAAAUUUACGAGCUUUUUGCCUAAACAUUAACACAUUAAGUAGCAAAUUUCAAAACAACAUUGAAAACAAAAGUUUUACUAUUUUCCUACACACUAACGAGUCAACUGCAGUUUCUAUGGGUAUCAAUCCUGAUUUACAAGAGUUCCCUUAUGUUGAAGUUGAAGAUAAGACUGAAGAUUGUGAAAGAAUCUUACCAUUAAGAAGAUUUGAAUUAAGAGGUUAUAGUAUAGAUACCUAUGUUAAAAUAAAAUAGAAAUGUAAAUUUGGCAUAUUUU